AUGGCGGCGGCUGAACUUCCAGUUUUGGUGUCCAAGAUCCAUCGUCUGGGGUUCCAGAAUCAACGAGCGAAGAAGUGUAUUGGGCUUGCACAAACCUGGCUCGCCCAUCCCCCGACCAGAGGGAGAAGAUACCGCAGACUAAACUACCCUCGACGAGCAGACGGACGUGAUGUUAGACCCGACGAAUGCGUUACAGACGAUGAUCCUCGUGUUGCUUGGGAGAUCGCCCAUUUACCUGGAGUCGGAGACUAUUCUUUGGAUAGCUGGCGGAUCUUUUGCCGAGACGAACUUCGCGGUCUUGCCAUGGACUGGAAAGGCACCGGGUCCACAGAUAGCGACUUCAUGCCCGAGUGGAAGUCGGUUCUCCCGCAAGACAAGGAAUUGCGGGCGUACCUGACGUGGAUGUGGCUCAAGGAAGGAUGGGUCUGGGACCGGCAUUCGGGGAAGCUGAGUCGGGCGUCAGAGAAGACCAUGCGGGCAGCUCGUCGAGGGGGUGUUGCUUUUGAAGAGAAUGGACAUUGGGUCUUGGAGACAUCGCCUGUGAAGAAAGCGGCAAAUGGGAUGACUUGGAGUUAG